AUGGAGGUGGUCCGUCGGUCACUGGGGUUUGAUAAGGCUUGGGGGGCUUUAAAUAACAAGGUUUGGGUGUUCUGGUUUAGUGAGAUGACAGUGAACUUUAGGGAAUUCGCCGAACAGCUUCUGCAUAUGCACAUUGGGUUCUCUUCGGGGUGCUCGAUUCAAUUUUCGGCAGUUUAUGCUCGAUGUUCGAGGGUGGGGCGCCGCGAGUUGUGGUCGGCCAUGGAAGGUUUGUCGGGGGAGGUGCGUGGCCCGUGGUUAGUGGCAGGGGAUUUUAAUGUUAUUGCCAAUAUGCAGGAGCGUCUGGGGGGGUCCCCGGCAAAUCACAGAAAUAUGGAGGAAUUUAAUGAGUCGACGGGAAUUUGUGGCUUGUCCGAGGUGCCUUUUGAUGGUGCUGCAUUUACAUGGACGAAUGGUAGGGUGUGGCAACGCUUGGAUAGGGCCUUGAUGAAUCGGGAGUGGGCGGAUGGAUUUGAUCUCUCACAUGUUUCACAUUUGGCCAGGGGCCGCUCGGAUCAUGCACCCCUCCUGAUCUGUUGUCAGAACGGGAGUCAUCCCAAACGCUCUUUUAAAUUCCUGAAUGUUUGGAGGGGCCAUCCUGGUUUUAAGGAGGUGGUUCAGUGCAGUUGGGCAAAGCCGGUGGAGGGCGAGGGGAUGGUGAGGUUCUACAAUAAGUUGAAAGCGGUGAAGGUAAAGGAUGCCGAGGACAUUAUGAAACAGCGUGAGGAGGAAUUUGAUACGAGCCGAGAUCCUGCGGCCAGGGCUUCAUUGGAGGAGGCAAAGGCGGUUUACGCUAGGAAUUUGGCUGCGGAAUGUGCGUAUUGGAGACAGAAGGCGGGUAUCAAAUGGUUACAGGUUGGGGAUGCUAAUACUGCAUACUUCCACUCGCGGUAUCGGCAGCGUCGGAACUCCAAUUUUGUGGCGCGCAUUAAGGAUGCGGCAGGGGCAUGGUUGGAGGACAUACAAGACAUUCGCAGGUCAGCAGUGGAGUCCGUAUCCUCCUUGUUUGCUUCUGAGCAACAUGGGUGGCAGCCUCCAGUGAUUCCCUUCACGCUUCCUCAGCUUUCCGCAGCGGAUAAUGGGAUGCUCGUUGCACUUCCGGAGCUGGCAGAAUUGCGGGAGGUGGUUUUUGGCCUGGAGGCGGAUAGUGCACCGGGGCCGGAUGGGUUUGGGGCCGGUUUUUAUCAAGGGUGUUGGGAGAUAAUUAAGUCGGAUUUGCUGGAGGCGGUGAAGGCCUUUUUUCAGGGAAUGGGUUUGCCUAGGAGCUUUACUAGCACCUCUAUUGUUCUUCUGCCUAAGAUUGCGGGUGCCACGUGCUGGAAAGAUUUUAGACCAAUCAGUUUGUGCAACACCUGCUCCAAAGUAAUUUCAAAGCUGGUUGCUCGUCGGUUGGGAAGAGUACUCCCGACUUUAGUCUCUCCGUGGCAAACAGGUUUUGUACCUGGACGGGGGAUAACGGAUAACAUUCUGCUCACUCAGGAGUUGGUGAUGGAUUUAGAUAGGCGCUUGCGUCAUCCGAAUUUAAUGCUAAAAUUGGAUAUGGAGAAGGCUUACGAUAGGAUUGAGUGGCCCUUUCUGCUGUUUAUGCUGAGGCAAUUCGGUUUUCAGGAAAGGGUGGUGGAUAUGUUCUAUAGGUUGGUGUCUAAUAAUUGGUUUUCGGUCUUGGUAAAUGGUGAGGCUGCUGGUUUUUUCAAGUCGACGCGGGGUGUUCGGCAGGGGGACCCGGUGUCUCCCGGUCUUUUCGUGUUAGUAACUGAAUUUUUGGGUCGAGGCUUGCACCACUUGUUGCUCGGUCGGCCGGAGAGGUUCUUCGUGUCGGCCGGGUCUCAGGUGCCUUAUCUUGCGUUUGCAGAUGACAUGCUUGUUUUUACGAGAUGUUCUGAAGAAUGCCUGAGUGUGAUCAAGGAUUUUCUUGAGGAGUACCAGCAGGCAUCAGGUCAGAAGGUAAAUGUCAAUAAGAGUGCUUUCUUCUUGGCGUCAGGAGCCACUCUGGGGCAGGAGCAGAUGGUAACGAGGGUCCUGGGUUUUCAUAGGGCGGGUUUCCCUUUUACGUAUUUGGGUGCUCCUAUUUACAAAGGGCGUCGUUUGAGUUUGUUGUUUGACGGCAUAGUGGCUAAAAUGCGGGCGCAUCUUGGGCACUGGAGUACCAAGUUGCUCUCAUUUGGGGGUAAGCUGGUUUUAGCGCGGCAUGUUCUGGCUUCGUUGCCUAUGUACUUGCUUCAAGUGCUAAACCCUCCAAAGGCGGUGCUCACACGCUUGGGUAAUAUUUGUAACUCCUUUUUGUGGGAUCAUAAGGGGGAGAGGCGGUUGCAUUGGGCCUCAUGGGAGAAGUUGUGUUUCCCGACUGAUGAAGGGGGUUUGGGUUUCAGAUCUUUUAAGGACAUGGCUAGGGCUUUUGCGGCUAAACUAUGGUGGAGGUUUCGGAGUGGUGACUCCAUUUGGGCGGAAUUCAUGCAUGUAAAAUACAGUACUGGUUGUCACCCGAUGGAGGCCUCGUCUGCCCGCCCUUCACCUACUUGGAGACGCCUAGAGGUGAUAAGGUUAGUGGUGGAGCCGAAGAUUAGGUGGUGUAUUGGGGAAGGUCUGGUGGACUUUUGGAAGGAUAUAUGGGCUUUCGAUGAACCUUUGGAGGUGGUGGUGGCUGGAAUGGAGCAGCCGCAUUUUCUUGUGUCGGAAUUUAUUACUAACGAUGGAUGGGAUGAGGUUCGUCUUGCCCAGUGGGUGCCGGAGUCGGUUAUCUUGGUGAUCAAGGAGAUUCCCUUUGAGGUUUCCCAGAAGGAUAGAUUGGUGUGGGCGCCUUCUCCAUCAGGUCUUUUUACGGUGAAGUCGGCAUGGGAGGUGCUGCGCCAACGGAGGAGUCCCUCCUUGGUUGACUCUCUCCUUUGGCAGCCAGCUUUGCCAGCAAAGAUGGCGUUCUUAGCAUGGCGUCUGGUCAGAAAAUUUAUUCCUUUGGAUGUGGUGCUGAAAUCGCGGGGGGUGUCGUUUCCUUCCAGGUGUGGGUGUUGCUAUGGGGAGGAGGAGGAUCUCUUGCAUGUGUUUGUGACAGGUCCGAUUGCGUCGCAAGUUUGGAAGCAAGUGUCUAGUCGUUUUGGGUUUCAGUUGCGGAAUUGCACUACCAUGGCUUCGGUUUUCAUUGCUUGGUUUCUAACUUCAGAUGCAUCGGCGAAGAAUCAUAUUAGGGUGAUAUUGCCAAUUGUGGUGUGUUGGUUUAUCUGGUUGGCUAGGAACGGGGAGCGUUUUCAAGGAGGGCGUUGGGAGGUCAAUGGGAUAAUUCGAGAUGUAGAUAAUUUUAUAGAACAGUUGGGGAAGGCUAAUAGGCUUCAUCGGUCCCAGUUCAGGGGUGAUGCAGAUUGUGAGUGGCUGCGGUUGGUCAGAGGUGAUCCUAGGCGAAGAUCCCCAUGUGCGAUUGCCUGGAAUAAGCCGCCCUGUGGAAAGUUAAAAUUGAAUUCGGACGCCAGUGUGAUUCAAGGGAAGGCCACGGGUGGGGGGCUGCUGCGGGACUAUCAGGGGAAAUUGAUUUUUGCAUUUUAUAAGGAGUUUGGGGAUCAGGGGGUGUUAGAGGCAGAGUGUAUGGCGCUCCUGGUUGGGUUGCAGUUGUGUCAUCAACGAGGGGUGGUUCCUUCGUUGGUGGAGGUAGACUCCAAGGCUUUGGUUCAGUUGGUUGUAUCAGGGGCGGUUGCAAAGUGGCCAUUAUGUAAUAAUUUAAGGAAGGUUAGAAAUCUUCUGGAGGGGUUUUCUGCUGCCAUCUACCAUGUUUUCCGGGAGGCCAAUGUACCCGCAGAUAGGCUUGCAGCGGUUGGGUUAAUGGGUUCCCAGGUUUUUGAUCAGGAUCACCAAGUGCCGGCGAUUGUUCGGUCUGCCAUCUUAUUGGAUUCAUGGGGAGUGCCAGGGGUGCGGUGGAUCAGUGAGGAUGUUGUGGUUAGCAGCCUUUAG